GAAUGGAAGAGUUUGAUAUAUUAUCGUGUGCUAUGUACGAAUACCUCGUUGUGGUCGUGUUUCUUUUCUUCUUCUUUUUUGUUAGUUAGUUAAUUUUCACAUAUUCACGAUGCAUUAUUCAACGCUCAUUGCGACAAUGUCAUUGAUAGCAUUCUCAAAUGCGAAAUCAAACGUUCAAUUCGAUACACUAAAUCCUCUAUCGUAUGCACAAUGUUCGAGUUCAAUUCUCUCAUCUUCAUAUUCCGUAUGUCCGUCAAACCUCCAAUUAUCUCAAAAUAAACAUUACCCAAGUAAAUCCUCAGAGCUUCUCUCCAUCGACAGCGACGAAUUCAAUUCGAACUCGUCCAAAUCAUCAACACCUUCGCCAUGGCAAUACUCGCCCGUCUGUUCAAACACAACUUCUACCUCUCCUAAAACUCCUCAAUUCUGCGUCUACACAUCCACAACCUUCGCCUCCGGUCGCGGUAUCUCUCUCCUCACAACCCCCAAAAUCGCAUCCAAGAUCGCCUCUCUCCCCGCCUUCACCUCACCUACCCCAUUCAAACCCCUCUUCAACUCCCUAAACCCCGCACCCUUUGAAGUUCGCGAACUUCCCGGCCGAGGAAUGGGCGUAAUAGCCACUCGGCCCAUCAGACGGGGCACAAUCCUAUUCGCCUAUCCCACCAUCGGAAUCUACCACAAUUCUGCAUUUCCCCGACUCCACAACUCUUCCUCCUCCUCUCAAAACCACACUCACAGCUCUCUCUUCUCCCUCUCCGCCAGCCAACUUCCCCCUUCCUCCUCAAACCUCCUCUACUCCCUCGCAGCGCACGAACCGCACCGACAGCUCCCCAACGGCGAAGGCGUCAUCGGACGUCUCAACACCAAUACCUUUGGCGAGGACUUCCUCGGCCAAGAACACAGCAUCGUAGUCCCCGAAACCGCGCGUUUAAAUCACGAUUGCAGACCUAAUGCAAAUUAUUACUUCGACGCAAAAACACUGAUGCACUAUACAGUUGCGGGGAGGGAGAUUCCGGCUGGAGAGGAAAUCACUAUUACUUAUACCAACCCGCUCAUCCCCUCGGGCGCCCGCCGCGCCGCGCUCCACCGAUCCUGGGGCUUCCACUGCACCUGCACCCAUUGCCUACUCCCCACUCCCCAGCGCCAGCACUCCAACCACCUAAUCCUCACUCUCCUCUCGCUCCACUCCUCUCUCGAAUACAACAUUUCAUCGCCCCUUCCCCCUUCAGAUUUCCUCUCCAAAUCACUCUAUCUUAUCGAGUUGUACAGGAUCGAAAAUUUGCAGAGUCACAUCGGGGAUGCAUAUCGCAGUGCUGCACUGGCGUAUAGUUGUUUGGGCAUGGAGUGGGAGACGAGGAUGUAUGUGGAAUUGGCGAUGGAGGUGGUGGGGGGGAGUGAGGGAUGGAGAGGAGAGGGGAUGAGGGAAUUGAGGAGGUGGGUUGGGGGGAGGGAGGGGGUGAGGGGGCAUUGGAGUUGGGGGAGGGGGUUGGGUGCUCAAGGAAAGGGAAACUGUGGGUGUGGGGAUAGGAAUGGGAAAGAUGAGUUGUGAGGAAGUGUAAAUAUAGAUGUAGAUGUAGAUGUAGAUGUAGAUAGAUCUAUAAUAGAGAUAACUAAAAUCCUGAUAAUGAAUA